AAAUCGGGUCCCAACAAAAUCGUUCUCUCUCUCUCUCUCUCCUUCCGGGUACACUCCUCUGUCCCUUCCCCUCUUUUUCGACAUUUCUAGGGUUUUCAGUACCUUACCUAACCAAAAAAAAAAAGCACUAUUGUCUUUCCAAAGCUUGGGAGCUAAAUCCCUUAAAACCCAGAAAAACCCAAUUACUUGCACAACAAUUUUACUCAUUAUUAUUCAAAACUAUCUUCUUCUUCCCUGAAACCCCUUCUCCUUGUUCAUCCUUAGACUCUUACUACCCAUUGCCCUACUACUUGGGGUAGUUCAAUCCAUUCAUGGCCAAGACCAAACCAGGAAAAAAGGACCUCGACUCUUACACUAUCAAGGGCACUAACAAAGUCGUCCGACUUUAGUGUUGCUUUGUGUCGCAUUGAUUGGGAUUUUAUUGAACUUUGGUUGCUUCAGCUGGGGAUUGUGUGUUGAUGCGACCAUCGGACUCUGAUAAGCCUCCAUACGUAGCUCGUGUAGAGAAGAUCGAAGCUGAUCACCGUAACAACGUUAAGGUUCGAGUUCGUUGGUAUUACCGACCCGAGGAGUCGAUUGGAGGGAGGAGACAGUUUCAUGGGGCGAAGGAGCUUUUCUUGUCGGACCACUAUGAUGUGCAGAGCGCUCACACCAUAGAAGGGAAAUGUAUAGUCCACACAUUCAAGAACUACACCAAACUUGAGAAUGUGGGAGCUGAGGAUUAUUUUUGUAGGUUUGAGUACAAGGCUGCCACUGGCGGGUUCACACCGGAUCGUGUUGCCGUGUAUUGUAAAUGUGAGAUGCCUUAUAAUCCGGACGACCUUAUGGUGCAGUGUGAGGGAUGCAAGGACUGGUUUCAUCCCUCUUGUAUGGGUAUGACCAUUGAAGAAGCGAAGAAACUGGAUCAUUUCUUGUGUUCCGACUGUUCCUCUGAUGAUGAUGCCAAAAGAUCUUUAAAUGCAUUCCCUGUAUCACCAUCUGUUGAGACUAAGGUUGAGCCGAAGCGUAGGAAGAGAUGACUUAUUCAUUGGUUGCAGCAAGGAGUAUCUGUUUUCUUUGGCAUUAGCUCCAGCGUUGUUGUGUGUUUGUAAUGUACAGUGCAGAGAAGAUACUGUGGUUGCACAAACCCAAGGCUCUUUUUCUUUUUCCUCUCUAAUUUAUCAUGCUCAACGUUUGUAUGUGUGCUAGAUGUAGGAGUGACUAUGUGAUCUGUGUCACCGACAAGUAAUGUGCAAAAAGCACUAUAAUCUUGUUUAAGCACGGAACACGCGAGAACAAAUCACAACUAAAAAAUUUUUAGGAGGAAACUUGGAUUUCAUGUUAUGUGGUUUUUGCUGGGAUUACUACUGUAUGCAUGCCAUUGUAAGUUCAAGACUCAUUCCCGCUUAGACUUCUUUCAUCUGGAAUGAGUAAAAGCAUGCUGGGGUUGGAGAAGGGUGAGCAUUGUUCCUGGGGCAUAAGAGAUACAUUUUAAUAAUUUAGGACUUGCUCUUCCUUUCUUUUCU